UACGGAUCGUUCUGAUCAGCAUCGUGCAGUUCGUGAAAUAGAUUGUCUUAUCAGGUGCUGGACAUGCGGGAAACGCAUCGGCCUUACUGGUGUUAGAUGUCGAUGCGGUUAUUACUUCUGUUCAACACACAGGUAUGCAGAGGCUCACCAAUGUGACUACGACUACAAGACCAACGAGCGUCGGAAAUUGGCGAAGGCGAAUCCUGUGGUUAUGGCAGAUAAAUUGGAUGAUAAAGCUUAA